AGGAGCGUCCUUUGGAUCCCUAUACGUUUACCAACUUCAAUACUCACACUCUCUCUCUUCUCUAACUUUUAGCCUCUCUCAACUCUUUUUAAAUAGCUAGUUUUGCACCCACGCUUGCAGCCACCAGGAGAGAAAACAAACUGACUCUCAACUCAAGCUCUACUCACAUUCCUUGUGAAGUCUUUUCAAUGGAAGAUUAUUGCUACAAGAGAAGUCAUGUGCCAGCUUUUGGUAGUUGGGACUGGAACAACGAUCUUCCUUUCACUCAAUGCUUUGAAUCUGCAAGACAAGCUGACUUGCUUCGUUACAGUUACUCGGAAGAUCGUGAUUUGUACGUUGCUGGUGAUUUAUAUCAAAACGAUGUCGUCACUCCAGCCAUGAUUGUUGUUCCUCGCAGAAGGACAAAAGCUCGUGAUGCACAUGCUAAAGAUGAGAAAAAGCAAAAUUGGGCAGUGAGCGAUGUGAUUGAGCCACCAAGUCCAACGCCCAUGUCCACUCUCACACCCAAGCCAGUUGACGAAGACUUGUACAAAAUCUCACCAGAGCUUCUUUGCGCUAAAUCGAAGAAGAAGACAGUGCUGGGCUUCUUCUCUAGCUGCUUGCUGCCAACUUGUAAUUUGUGAAGAGACUUUGUAGGAUUACGUGCAUUAUAUGUACUUUUAAAAUGAGGAGGGAUUUCAAUUAUUGUUAAUUAUUGCCCUAAUUUGCAAAGGGCAUAAAUAUUAUAUAUAUAAAUAUAUGUGAUUAUGAGUAAAUUAAUUGAGGUCCUCUUGAUUAUCGGUUGUGGGUUAGUUUUAAAUGACUCAGAGAAAUGGAGGGUGUUAAUGUAAGCACAUAUUUAAGGGGUUUGUCCCUGUCAUUAUGUAAAUUCUCUUUGCUUAAAGAGAAAUCAAUCCCUUCGGAAGAAUUUUAAUUUCUGUA